AUGCCUCGCGGACUGAUGAUCAAGCGCAGGAGGGGCGCGAGCGCGGUGUCGUACCGCGUGCGCGCGGAAGAAGAGGACGCGCCGCACGUCACGCACGCGCCUGGAGUUUUCCCACUUUUCCCGCCGCGCGCACAGACGCCUCCGCGUGCGCUCCCGGUGCAGUUUGGAAUUCCCGAGACCGUGCACGCGCUGCACAGCCCCACGCGCCCCGUGAGCCGCGAGCACGAGCGCCGCUUCAGCCCCGUGACCCCGGAGUCUUUCCCCGCACGCGCCGCGCUCCCGGAGCCGGAGACGGGGCACGCGCCAGAAAUCACCUCCACGCGCACGGACUCCAGAGCCAAACGCGCGCGCCCGGAGGAGCGGAAAAAGAAAACACCUGCGCGGAGGCUUCAGGUGCGCGAUGACGUCACCACGUCCCCGGUGCUCGGGCUGAAGAUCAAAGAGGCGGCACCGGAGCUGCGGGCGCACGCGCCUCCCGCGGGGCUCGUGUGUCAACUCUGCCGCGAGACCUUCCCGGAGCCGCUCGCGCUCGCGCAGCACCGGUGCUCGCGCAUCGUGCGCGUGGAAUACCGCUGCGACUGCGGCAAAGCGUUCAGCUGCAGCGCGAACCUCGCGUCACACCGCCGCUGGCACCGGCCCCGCGAGCACGCGCACAGCGACUCGGACUCCGCCGAGGACGCGCCUCACGAGUGCGCGCGCUGCGGGAAGCGCUUCAAAAGACUCGCAUCUUUCCGCAAGCACGAGGCGCGGCACGAGGACCCGAGCGCGUGCCAUAGAGCCGCGGGCAGAGGGCACGCGCCGGUUCACAUGCACGCGCUCAGCACAUGAGUCCGGACCGGGUCUGGACCGGUGGAUGGACUGAAACUUUGAGCGGGACUCUGAGGAGCCGGAUCCUGGACUAAACCUGAGGAGUCGAGUCUUUCGAUUUAUUU